CGCAUUUGGCCGUGACCUUUCGCAAAAUGCUCCGCGUGUGGUGGCUGCUGACCCUGCUUGGCCUCGCGCUACGCAGCGAGGGCCAUACGUUCCUGCGCCACGACGAUGUGUCGCUUGGUGCGAACACUACGCUCUGCGGCGAGCCCGAGGCCCACCACGCCGGCUACUUGAACGGGCUUUUUUACGUCUUUUACGAGACGCGGGCGGCGAUUCGGGCGCCGACGGACGUGCCGCUCGUGCUAUGGCUCUCGGGUGGACCCGGUUGCUCGGGUAUGAUUGCAAUGCUCUUUGAGCACGGGCCAUGCAGCGUCAACCAAGCGACGCCGACAACAACGCUCAACCCGUACUCGUGGACGCAGGCAGCUCAUAUGAUCUACGUCGACCAGCCACGCGGCACGGGCAUGAGCCCUUCCAGAGACGCAUCGAGUUCGUGGACAGAGUCGUCGGCGAUGCGUGACUUGGUCGUUUUCCUGGAAGGCUUCUACCAGACGUAUCCCGCGUACGCAGCCAACGACUUGUACAUCUUUGGCGAAAGCUACGGUGGCCACUACGUGCCCGACUUGGCGCAUGCGAUCGUAUCGUCAACCAACUCGAACACGCGAGCCCUCCGCCGCAACCUCAAGGGCAUCGGCAUCGGCAACGGCCUCGUCUCGGAGCGCGCGAUUGCCGACACUAUUGGCGCAUUUGCCUCGACCGCGCCAGGCGGCAAGCUCACAGACUCGGCCGCGUCGAGCGUCGCGACGUGUGAAGCUGCUAUCGCCGCCUGCCAAUCGCCCGAGGACGGUGGCGUCCGCGACUGCUCCAAGACGGGCAUUUGCGAGUCGCUCGUCGGAAGCAUCUUAUCGCAAGCGCACCAGCAGCAAAUCAACCACUACGAUAUCCGAGCGCCGUGUUAUCCCGACGUCUUUGGCUUGUGCUACAAGUUUACGCCGCUCUUUCAGUACAUGAACAAGGCGUCGACGAUGGAAGCGCUUGGUCUCAACGGCGGCGUCUCGUGGGCGCCGUGCAACCAAGACGUCUUUGAACUCCACAUGGACGCGGAUUGGUACGAAGAGAGCGAGUAUCGGGUCGCAGAGCUGCUCGAGGCCGGCGUCCGCGUCCUUGUCUACGCCGGCGACUACGACUUGGUGUGCAACUGGAUGGCCCAAGACAAGUGGACACGCGAUAUGGUCUGGACCCAUCAGGCGCAUUUUGCCGCACAGCCCUUGGCUCUGUGGUCCUACGACGGCGACGUCGUCGGCGAGCGCCGAUCGUUUGGCGGGUUGACCAUGCUGCGCGUCUACAACGCUGGCCACAUGGUCCCGUUUGACCAGCCCAAGGCAGCCCUCGGUCUCUUCCGCUCGUUCCUGGCCGGCAACUAGAGCUCGUAUCGGUCGAACCAACAACGCACUAUCCCUUUGCGAUCUUACGCAGACAAUAAUACAUCGUCAUCAGAGCAAAAGACUAUGGCGUGUAUGACAUGCAAGAUCGUAACGACCUCGACUAGGUGCUGCUAAAUACACUGAUCCUACAUCGUCUUGAGAGGAUAUCUAGUUUUCUAA